UGGGGAAGGUGUACAUUUAUUAUACGCUAAAAAUCUGUUGAGAAAGUGGAUAUAUUGGCGUUUGAGAGGUCCAGCCAGCGGGUGUAUAAGAGUACGAAAUGGGUCUUUCAAGCUGGUUUCGGGAUCUUGGUGUUCCGUGGAAGAUAUCCAUUGGAAUUCUUAGUGGCGUUGCAGCUGUGACAAGCGCCUACGGACUGUUCACAUUGUACGUCAAUCAAAAAUCAAUCGAUCAGAAAAAAAAAUCUGACGAUCGAGAGACAGCUGGAGAUGCAGCAGAGAAAAAAGUUCUAGUAUUGGGACUGGAAAAUUCUGGAAAGAGCACAUUUCUGGCCGCUUUGGCUCAGCACGACAGCCCCGUCACAUCUGAGCGUGAAGUUAGCCAGCCAACCCAAGGUUUCAAUGUUGUUUGUGUAUCAACCGGAGGCGUUAGCCUUAAUGUUUGGGAAAUUGGUGGAAAGGUUCAAUCCUACUGGCCAAACUUCCUCUCUGAUGUCAGUGUCAUUGUGUAUGUCAUUGACAGUAGUGCUUCUGCAAAGUUUACGGAGUCUAAAGAUGCCCUAUUGGCAGUUCUUUCAGAGGAGAGCAUCAAGGGGAUCCCCUUAAUAUUACUUGCUUGUAAGCAAGAUGUUGAAGGGGCAAGGCCAAGACAGGAAGUAGAAUCAUUCUUUGGGCUUCAAGAACUAUCUGCUAAUCGUAAAACUGGAAUUGUUGGUGUUGAAGUCUUGUCCAGUGGAGCAGUCCAUGGAUUGGAAGAGGCCAAAGAACUUAUCUUGAAGUUUUGUGUAGAAUAGGUGGUUUUUCCCCUUGAGGUCUUUUACUGGAAAGGCCUUCAUUAAGAAUAUGUGGGUAUAGUCAUUUUCUAUUUAUGUCACCAUAGGUAACCAUGUCCAACCAUGUGUCGUGUAAAUAAAUUUUAUUUCAUUGUGAAACGUAUACUUAUUGAAACAGAGUCUUGCUAGGGGAAACUUAGAAAUAGUGGCUCUCCUAUUGAAUAUAACAACAUUCAGAGAACUAUGAUCUUUCUCAUUUCUACCUCAGCUUGAGAUGCAGUAUGACAGACUUGAGCAAUGACUUGGGUACUCUGUCCUUAUGGUCUGUCAGGAUUCAGGCUGACUCCAAAUUAAGAGCUCUGGAUUCAGGUUUAAGAAUUAAAGAUCACUCUUGUUCUAUUUUCUUGUCACAUACCCAGUGACAUGGAUAAUAAACCACUUGCUAGACAUGUGAGAUUACCUGUCGCAAGCCUUCAAUUUA